UCUGCUCCCUUCUUCCUCUGCUUUGUUUUGCAUUUCUCCCCAGAGCCAUGGCUGCUUCUUCUACAUUUCCUCCUCUUACCAAGGAGCCCACAACUUUAAUGGUUUUUUCUUCUUCUUCAUCUCCACUCUUCAGCCCAGAUUCUCACAGGCGUAUCUGGAGCACCCUCCGUGACCGCGUCGAUGCACUCAUCGCCGACCGAAACGUCUAUCCUUCUUUGCCCAAAGAACUCAGUUCAAGAGAAUCCAGCAGAGCUAAGCGUUUGAAGCAAGAUUCAUUGCUUUUGCUCAAAGGCUUUGAUUCCAUCUCACAAACCUUCUCUCAGCUAUCAAACAACCUCGACAAUGCUCUUCAGGGAGCUAGAGAGCUAGCUAAACCUCCAACAUUGUCCGAUAUAUUUCAUAGUAACCUCAAGAAUUCAGAGCCAAAAGAGGAAGACCCGAAGCCGAAAGGACUCGAAGAAGAGAUUAAGCUCGGGGUGAAGAGGAAAUUUGAUCACAAUGAGAGCUCAGAUGAUAAUGAUUCACAAAAGAAGAAUGAGCAAAGCCCUAAAAACUACAAGAUGAUGAAGAAAGCCAAAAAUCUUGCGAUUUCCAUGGCAACCAAGGCAGCUUCACUCGCCAGAGAGUUGAAGUUCAUAAAGAAUGACUUAUGUUUUAUGCAAGAGCGUUGCGGUUUGCUGGAGGAAGAGAAUAGGAGGCUCCGAGAUGGGUUCAUCAAGGGGAUCCGACCCGAGGAAGAUGAUCUUGUGAGGCUUCAAUUGGAAGCUCUGCUUGCAGAGAAAUCAAGGCUAGCGAAUGAGAAUGCUAAUCUUGUGAGGGAAAACCAGUGCCUUCAACAGCUGGUGGAGUACCAUCAAAUGACUUCCCAAGAUCUAUCUGCAUCGUAUGAACAAGUGCUGAGAGGAUCGUGCUUGGAUUUUUCAUCUCCCAUUGCAGAAGAAGAUGAAAUCCUUGAUGCUGAUAAGAGAGUUACUCCAAAUGAUAUCCUUGGCUUAUCCACUUCUCUUGAUGAGUGCUUUGAUGAAGAACAUCAUUAGGGUCUUUCACAUGAGAAUUAAGCAAUGAUUCUGUUGUUUUACUUCCACUUCCAUCAAUCUUGGUGGGAGAUGUUUAUCAGUGUUCUUUAAUCUCA